AUGCAAGUACCGGUCUAUACUGCUCCUGAGAUCGAAAGGUUUCCGGUUAACUGCCCAACACCUCCAAGGGAGAAUGCGGCAUCGAUAGAAUCCAGUGAAAGAGCCGAUCCAAAUCUCACCGAGCACUCACCUCCCCCACUACCGGAAGUCCCCGUUUCAGACUUUACUAAAGAAUGGGAUAGAUCCAACAGAAUAGUUGAUUCGGCCCUCAAGUUCGCCGACGUCACAAGGAAUCUACUGGAGAGAAAUCAAGAACGGUUCUCAGAACUCGGCGAAAGUCUGCAGGAAGAGGCGGUUCAGCGCGAUAAAUGCGUUCAGCGAACAGUAAUUCUGGAGGACGUGACCUCCGAUUUGAAGAAAGACUUCGACCGGCUUGAAAGAGAAACCGAUCAACGGUUGACAUCGAUGAGUAAUGAUCUGGUCGGCACGACACUUGACCGGGUCUCCGAACUCGAGAAGACGAAUAUGAAUCUCGUGGCCGAACUGAAGGCGCUUUCCGCACAAAUGGCCGAAAUUCUAAGGGCAAAGGUGAACGCGGAUGCCGCGGCUAUAGCGGCUGAUGCUGAAACGGCUAAAAGGAUCCAGGAUGCGCUAGAUGCUGAAGCAGGCAAAGAUAAAGAGGCACCGCGCUCAUCUCAGCUUACCGAAGAGGAAGAGGAAGCCGCGCGGAUUAAAAAGGCUAAGGUCAUAUUCCCAGGGUUUGCUGAGAAAGUGGCCACUCAAGCUGCGGAGGAUGCCGCACGGUUGGAAAGGCAAAAACGGAAGCUGGAAGAAUUCGCCGAAGAAAACAAGAAGAAGAAGGCGGCCGCCUCCGCCUCAGCGCCGAAAAAGCGGAAGAGGGAGGCUCCUAAGAAGGAGGCCCUUAAGAAGGUUCAAAUUGCCGAGCUGCUCAGAGAG